AGAAGUCGAAGGUACAUCGACAAGGAAUUCCCACGGAUAAUCACAUUUUUCAUUGUUUCAGAGAACAACAAUAUUCGAGGGGCAGCAUUGUCGCCGGAUCAUGAAACUGGUUCGCGUCAUUCGGAUUCUUCAAAGUCUCCAGGUUCGCAACGAUUGAAGCGAACAGAGAGCAGCAUCAGUUCUGAGUCACAGGUAAUCCACUUCUUCCACGAAACAUUAAGUGUCCAACUCAGUCAUUGUACAGAAAUCGCCUUCGUGCUCUCAAAAUCGCUUGAGUUAUACAUGUGCUUAUCAGGUGGAUUUGCUGAUGACACUCUGGCCGAAAGCAUUGGAUCUGCGCUUUGCCAACACGCAAUUGAAGGUGGUGGUGGUCGCGCAGUUGCGAAACUCUGUGGAGCGCUACGAGAUUCUCCGUCUGCGUUCGGUUUGCUUUCAUCAGUUUCGCAAUACUUUGAAUGCCGGGAUCGGCUCCGUGCUGAUCACUUUCGCAUGUGGAUCUCUUUCCUGGCCUUUGUUGCCGAUCUGUAUGCGAAUAUCGGAGGGGAACUCGUGAAUUUUGUCUUCCAAGUGUUCGAUUAUCUUCUGAGGGCGCCUAUCUUGGAAACACUGAAAAUUGAAGAGCUGGAGUCCCUGAUCUCAGCAUUGUUGUCAGUGGGAUAUGACCUAGAACGGGAAUGUCCUGACCAGCUCUCUCUUCUCAAAGAUCUGAUCAGAGAUGCAUUCAUUGAUGUCUCUGAACCAUGGGCUCGUAAAAUGAUUCUUCUACUUCUGGAGCUGGGAGCUAGUGGAUGGAAACUACCGGCAGAAGCAAACGAGUACUACUUUCAACAGACAACGAACUAA